GUAGAUCUCCAUGGGAUUGGAUACCUUCACCGUGAUAUUAAACCUGCCAAUUAUACUGUCGGGAGACCAGAAGUGAAUGAGUUACGAAAGGUGAUCCUCCUCGAUUUUGGAAUGUGCAGAAAAUACACAAAUGAUCAAGGAAUCAUCAGAAAGCCCCGCUCAUCGGCGGGUUUCCGUGGUACGGUACGCUACGCUCCUCUUGCAACUCAUAUGAGUAGAGAAAUGGCCAGAAAAGACGAUGUCGAAACUUGGAUAUAUCAGCAAGUAGAGUUUACAGUUGGAAGAGUCCCAUGGAAAGAAGUGCAGGACACCAAACAGGUCGGCGAAUGGAAAAAGAAAGCUCGUGAACCCCCAGGCCUUAAUCAGCUUUUUGCUCCACCAUGCCCUCCAGAAUACAUAGAAAUACUUAAGCUUGUCGAUUCUUACAAGUACUACGAUCAGCCUAAUUAUCAGCAAAUUUAUAUGCUUAUGCGAAGAGCGUUAGAGAACUGUGGACAACCGGAGUUCCCGUACGAUUGGGAGACUUAA